GCCGCCAUUGUGCGGCGCUGCUUCCCUCCGAGGGUGUCGGCUGCGGCAAGUGCCUUGGGCUCUCGCUCUCGCUUCUGCUUCUGCUGUCCGGGGAGCCCGGCGGGUCCGGGACUCCCGUCCGUGCCGGUGCGGGCGCCGGCAUGUGGCUGUGGGAGGAACAGGGGGGCCUCCUGGGCCCCUUCUCCUUCCUGCUGCUGCUGCUGCUGCUGGUGACGCGCAGCCCCUUCAAUGCCUGCCUCCUGACCGGGAGCCUCUACCUCCUGCUGCGCCUCUUGAGCUUCGACCCCUUGCCCUCCCGCAGGGCCCUGCAGGUGCUCAAGCCCCGGAACCGCGCUUCCGCCAUCGCCCACCGCGGCGGCGGCCACGACGCGCCCGAGAACACGCUGGCGGCCAUUCGGCAGGCAGCUAAGAAUGGAGCAACGGGCGUGGAGUUGGACAUUGAGUUUACUUCUGACGGGGUUCCUGUCUUAAUGCACGAUAACACGGUGGAUAGGACGACUGAUGGCACUGGUCGAUUGUGUGAUUUGACCUUUGAACAAGUUAGGAAGCUUAAUCCUGCAGCAAAUCACAGAUUAAGGAAUGAUUUCCCUGAUGAAAAGAUCCCUACCUUGAGAGAAGCCGUCGCCGAGUGCCUCAGCCACAACCUCACAGUCUUCUUUGAUGUCAAGGGCCAUGCAAACAAGGCUACUGAUGCUCUAAAGAAAAUAUAUAUGGAGUUUCCUCAACUAUACAAUAAUAGUAUUGUCUGCUCUUUCUUGCCAGAUGUUAUCUAUAAGAUGAGACAAACAGAUCAGAAUGUAGUAACAGCUUUAAUUCACAGACCUUGGUGCCUUAGCUAUACGGGAACUGGGAAGCCACGCUAUGAUACUUUCUGGAAACUGUCCGUGUUUAUGGUAAUGGACAUUUUGCUCGAUUGGAGUAUGCAUAAUAUCUUAUGGUACCUGUGUGGAAUUUCAGCUUUCCUCAUGCAAAAGGAUUUUGUAUCCCCGGACUACUUAAAAAAGUGGUCAGCUAAAGGCAUUCAAGUUGUCGCCUGGACUGUUAAUACCUUUGAUGAAAAAAGUUACUACGAGUCCCAUCUUCGUUCCAGCUAUAUCACUGACAGCAUGUUGGAAGACUGCACAUCUCAGUUCUAGACUUUUCCCCCAGGGAGGAAACACGAGUCCAGAAACUGCCUGCUGGCCUCAUGCAGGGCUAUCCAAAUACCCUUUGUGCUAGCCCGCGCCCUGGGAGAUCCAGUGGCUCGCACAAGCAAUAGUCGUCAUUGCAUUUUUACCUGAACUCAAGCCCGGUGUUGCCAUCAUGCUCCAUGGAAUGCCUGAGUUCAACACUGUUCUUGAAAAUCGGUCUGCCAAAAGGCACAACAGCUCCUGCCCGACCUAGCGGAGGUGUGCACGGAGACCCACUGAGCACAAGCACACAUUGAGUUGUGCAGUUGGGGGGUGCAGGUGCAAAUGCAUGGGAAACGCAUGAUUCCUCAGAGUUGACAUUAUAAAACUUGACACACUUACGUAACUUACGUUAUCUAUUUGUAUUCAGCUAUGUUGAUGUCAAACUUGUGACCCUACUAAUAAAAUCAUUAAAAGGAA